AUGGCUAGCACUGUUGCGCGUCAAAUCGGACCAGUCAGCUGGAAAAAAAGCAGCAAUCGUAAAUCUGUUUUCUCACAUUUGAGACGGAAUAAGAAGAAAACAAAUGAAUUUGACGAUCAUCUAUCCCUAACUGAGGAGUCCGAUGAUGCAUCGCAUGAAGAUAAUAAAGUCGCUGUCAAAGAGCAAACCAAUUCCGGCACCGACGAAGAUGAGAAGACGGAAGAUUUGUUGGUUGUUUUUGAAGCAUCCAAAAUUGUUCCAGAUCGUCCGGGCUCUUCUUCGUCCAAAUAUUCUCGGGAUCAGAAUGCAGCCAAACAGGCAAUAAAACCACAGAAGAUUACCAAACACGAGCACUCAUCCACCUCCUCUCCUGCGGCGGUUCGAACUUUGUCCGCUUCGAGGUCCAAUGUGGUUUCUUUGUCGUCUCCGCUGGACAAUAUGCUGGUGCUCAAAGAUGACGGGAAAGGUGGAUUCGGGGAAUUGUCCAUGGUAUCGUUCAUUGACGAUGAGUCAAUUCGAAACACAGUCACACCAGAACUUAUAGAAGACGAAACGUCCGAAAUUAAGUCUGUGUUCUCAUCAAGUAAAGUAAUUCUAUCCGUGGAUGAACUGGGCCAGGAACCAGACUCCCGAGCAACCUUGAAAAAUUCGCGACGGAAAGACGUUAGUCGAGGAAAACAAGAUACGUUAGAAGAACGACCAAGCACAGUAUCUGAAGUAGAAGAAUGUUUGGAUACCGAAACCCAUUCGAACUCAGUGGGCGUUGUAUCGGACUCGCCAUCUGAGCCAUCCCAUUCACAAGAAUCAGAUGUCAUCUCCGUUUCUGAAGCAAACGAAUCCAUCGCUCCUCCCACUCCCGGCUCACCGUUUGUUCCAUCUGCUCCAGUCGUUUCGGAUGAACCGGACGAUAAUGACCUCUACUCCGAUGAUUUCGAUUCGGAACCUGAAAUGAACCCAAAUUCAGUUUCACAAACAGCCAGUUCUAUGUCUCAUUCAUCCAAGAUGACAACAAAAGCAGAACGACGAGGAGUACGAUUGGACGAGGCAGAUAAAAAGCAAUUACCACACCGAAAAACCAGAUAUCAGAAGUCGGAACCUCAGAAAAGUCCGAAAUCGGUCGAGAAAACCGUGAAGUCCGUUGAAGUACAAACCAUGUGGACAGGUGGCUAUUUCCCUGAUGACACCGGACGAUCCCCUCCCGGUGUUAAAACAUGGAUUCCGUCUACUGGCUAUGUUCCCGAACUGACUCACGCCCCACCCUUACAACCGAAACCGAUCAUGAAAACGGUUUUAGACGACAAGGCGUUGCAAACUCUGACCGAAUACAAUCCGUGCAUUGUGGCUCUGGACAAUAUGUUAAAACAACAAAUGAAUAUUACACGAGACUUUUUAGCCACACAACGACAACUACACAACGCGAUCAGCUGUUUUAACAGUUGCCUGGAGUUAGCACGCACAUUGACCAGUUCCGGACACAUGCUCACGUCCAAUCCUUUGAACAAGGAGAACGCGAAUCACACCCUUGAUAAUCCGUUCAACGGAUAG